CCAGUGAAGGAAAUAAUCGAGCGGAGAAGAGGGAUCAGGAGUUGAGGAUGCGGCUCUCCCUCCCCCUCGUCGCCGGCGCCGUCGUGGCUGGAGUGAUUUCUGGGAAUGUGAUAUUUGGGCCGCCGCUCCAGAAGUACUGGGCAGAGAAGCAGCAGCAAGAUCAGGCGGCAAAAGAAGCCCAAACCGGGUCGACUUAACGAAGAUAUCCUCAUGUUGCCCCGAGUCAGUGUCGCCAUACUUCCCUCGAUCAGUCGCAGACGCAUAAUUCUGAAACUAGUUCAAUGAUGUGAAAAUGUACUUGGGUUAUUCGAUAGCCUCGUUUUUUGUUAGCUUUGCUUGAAUUAACUGCCCUAUCUUUGGUACUGGAAGGCAUCGUUUGUACCAUGUACAGAAUGAAUUCGAAUCCAAGCCACCAUUCUGGUCAAACUUUUGUUUGAAUUCAGUUUCAUUUCUUUGGUUCAAACCCAGCUGCACACUACUGUCGCCAAACCUCGUUCAGUGCUUUUUCGGCCUGGUUAUCCUACUGGGCUUUACCUCGGCCUAUUUGGUUGUGAGCCCAGCCCGGCACGGCCCAGUCUAGACCGCCGUUUCGUUUUAGGCUUUGGGAGCAUGGCCAUGGUAGGGAUUCCCCGCGCAUUCUCAAUCCCUAGCGCCCAAUUUCCCGCCAAUAUAAGAUCUUUGCCUUCUCCGGCGAUCGCCGCAGCCCUGAACCCUCACAGGAUGCCGAGGAAAGCAGCUCGCGGCGACGCCGCCGCCAGCAAGAAAGCAGCGCCCACCGCGACCGCCGCUAAAAAGAAAUCCGCGUCCACCGCCGGCAAGAAAGCCGUGACCCCCGUCAGCAAGAAAGCCGCGCCCGCCGCCGGCAACGGCAAGAAAGCAGCAGCGCCCGCGGCAAUCAAGCACUGGCUGCUGAAGACGGAGCCGGGGGAGUGGUCGUGGUCGGACCAGGCGGGCGCGCCGGGCGGCGUCGGGCCGUGGGACGGCGUCCGCAACCACCAGGCCAUGAACAGCCUCCGCGCGAUGCGCCGCGGCGACCGCUGCCUCUUCUACCACUCGGGCGCCGGCGCCGCGUCGCGCCGCGUGGUGGGCGUCGUCGAGGUCGCCAGGGAGUGGUACGAGGGCGGGGAGGGGGAGGCGACGGCCGGCGGCGCCGUGGACGUGCGGGCCGUCGGGGAGCUCCGGAGGCCCGUGUCGCUGGAGGAGAUCAAGAAGGCGGCCGCCGCGGGCGAGGUGGAGGGGCUGAAGGACUUCGCGCUCAUCCGCCAGGCCCGGCUGUCGGUGAUGCCCGUGGCGGUGGAGGUCUGGGACUGGAUUUGUGAGAUGGGGGGUGGCUUUGUGGAAGAUGGGAAGGUGGAAGAAGAUGAAGCAGAGGGUUGAUAUGCUCUGAACUCUGAAGAUGCAGGUGACAUGCAGUUGGAAGGGUCAUUCUGUGGUGUCUUUUCGCCUGCAAGUACAAGAGAUGGUAUUUUGAGGAGCAUUUCAGUGGCAUUUUGUGUAUCCUCUCUACUUCUCAAGUGUUUGCCUCCUCUGCCUUGCGGCGUGACCAAGUGUGUAUCCUCUUUAGCGUUUGCCAUCUCUGCAUCGUGGCAUGGCCAAGUGUUUAUCCGCUAGCUAGUCAAUGUAAGUUCAGUGAUCGAUGUUGGCAAUGUUGCAAGAACGGUCGAGUCAUAUGAUGUUUUCUGUGGCUGUAUGGAUAUGCUGUUCACUGAAUUUU